AUUCUAAGUAUACAAAUAUGUUUGACAGCAAAUUUUAUUUUUAUUUAAAAUAAUACCACAAAAAUGCGCUCAUAGCCAGCGCAUUUAAUCCGAAGUUUUAUUUAAAAACUCAUGAAUACAAAAUACUUAUAAUAAUUACUUAAAAUCAAAUAGUAAAAAGAAAGUUUUUAGUUUAAAAAAGUGUCGUGUAAAAUUUUCCAAAUUUUGAUAGCCAAUAAACAACACAACAUGAGUGGUUAUUAUAUCAAACAACCGCCAAUUGCAUCCAGCCACUCGUCGGUGCAAUGCCUUCGCAAUAAACGUGCAAAAAUUACAGAUGCAACAGUUGCCACAUGCAACACAGCAGCAGCACCCAUUCGAUUAUUCCAAAUAACAAGUUCGUUCCUGCUGUUACUGUUGCUUAACCUCAGCAUUUCACACAUUCCACGAAGUUGGGCCUUCAAUCUGGAGAAUCGUUUGCCGAUCGUUAAAUAUGGACCACAUACGAAUUCAUAUUUUGGCUAUUCGAUUGCAACGCAUACGGUGGGCGAAUAUAAUUGGCCGAAUAAUACAAAAUGGCUACUAGUUGGUGCUCCUUUAGACAAAAAUCUCCAGCCGGGUACAAAUCAAACGGGUGCACUAUAUCGAUGUCCGAUUACACAGACCCUCAAUGACUGUGAACAAAUCAUAACCGAUGGACGAAGAUCGCCUGAAGGAGUUUAUGAACCUACAUACGAUAGCGACGAUAUCGAAGAACUGCAGGAGCCAUCAGACGAUGAAAUCAAGGAGGGGCAAUGGCUGGGCGUGACUGUGCGGUCGCAAGGACUCGGUGGAAAGGUACUCGUGUGCGCGCAUCGUUACAUCACCACAGUGUUGGAUAAUCGUUAUGGCCAAGGAUUGUGCUAUGUCUUGACCAAUGAAUUGAGCUAUGAUGAAGUGUAUGAGCCAUGCAAAGGGCGCACUGUGCAAAGAGAACAUGAAGAAUAUGGUUUCUGUCAGGUGGGCACUUCAGGCGCACUGCUGGAUGAUAACACCAUGGUGGUAGGCGCGCCUGGGCCCUUUACUUGGCGCGGCACUGUGUUUGUUACAGAAAUUGGCGGUGAAUAUUUGGAACGCGAUAAGACAAUGUAUUAUGGUGAUCAUUUGGACAACACAUCACCGGUGGACAAGUACAGUUAUUUAGGCAUGGCGGUCACCGGUGGUCGUUACUUUGGCGAACGUAUGUCAUAUGCCUCGGGCGCACCCCGUUCCAAUGGGCACGGUCAAGUGGUGAUUUUUAAUAAAGCCAAUACCAACCCCAUACCCGUAAAAAUGAUACUCGAAGGGGAACAAUUUGGCUCUAGUUUCGGCUAUGAACUCACAACUGCCGAUAUCAAUGGCGAUCAGAAACCAGAUCUUAUCGUUGCUGCACCAUUUUACUUUAAUAAAUCCGAAGGCGGUGCAGUCUACAUUUACCAAAAUGAAAAGGACAUGCUGCCAGCGAAACCAACACUGAAGCUAACCGGAACGGUGGAAAGUCAAUUUGGGCUUGCGCUCGCCAAUAUCGGUGACAUCAACAAGGAUAACUGCGAAGACUUGGCGGUGGGAGCGCCUUACGAAGAUGACGGUGUGGUCUACAUCUAUUUGGGUUCCCGCACGGGGUUGAUUAGUAAGCCCGCGCAGCGUAUACAAGCCUCCGAUCUCGGUUUACUGCCAGAUCCGCUAGUCACAUUUGGCAGUUCAAUAAGUGGUGGCACUGAUCUAGAUGGAAAUUCCUAUCCGGAUGUAGUUGUGGGCGCAUAUAAUUCUUCAGCAGUGGUUGCGCUACUCUCGCGUCCCAUCAUUAAUAUACAAACGACGGCGCGCGGCAAUGAACUGAGAAACAUUGAUCCAGCCAAAUCGGGUUGUCUACAUGACGCCUCAACGAAUUUGACUUGUUUCACCUUCGAAGCCUGCUGUUCCAUCGACCCUUAUGAGCCAGCGUCGGCGAAUAAAGAUUUGCGGCUAUUGUACACAGUCGAAGCAGAAACAUUUGGUGGAAAUAAGAAGUUCUCGCGCGUGCUCUUCGACCGCGACAAUAAGCGUAGCAACGUGGUGAAGCGAGCAGUGACAGUGCGUACCAAUGGACGCAUGGCCUGUCAGCAGGUUACCGGGUACAUCAAGGAGAAUACCAGAGAUAUACAGAGUCCUAUAAAAUUCCGUUUAAAUUAUACAAUUGUGGAACCAAAGUUGCCACGAUCGGGCUUGGAACUAUUGAACCCAAUUUUGGAUCAAACGCAGGCGUUCGUUGAGUUUGAAGGUACAUUCCAAAAGGAUUGUGGUGAAGAUGAUAUUUGCGAGAGUGAUCUUAUAUUGAAUGCGGAACUGGACUUGAAUAUGGAAAAUGAUAACUAUGCUUUGGUAUUGGGCGAAAAGGAUGAGAUGCGUGUCAAUGUGAAUGUGUUGAAUAAAGCCGACUCGGCUUACGAGACACAAUUGUUUGUGGUGCAUCAGAAGAGUGUCUCAUACAUUGCAGCCAAAAGAACGAACUCUGUGAUCUGCAAUCGUUUCAAUGACACAGUGGUCGCCUGUAGUCUCGGCAAUCCAAUGCGGCGUAAUUCUGCCGUUUAUGUGUCGCUGCGCUUCGAUCCCAGUGGUUUGGAAGUGGAUGAGCGUAAGCUGAGUUUUCAUGUGUUCGCCAACACAACGUCCCGUCUUAUUGGUGAUGUCAAACCCGAUACGGAGUUGGAAGUGCGUGUGGUGAAACGAGCUGAACUUAGCUUACAAGGUUGGGCGAAGCCGGAGCAGAGUUUCUAUAGUGGUGAAGUGAAAAAAGACAGCAAAGUUAUGCAAAUGGAAGAUGUUGGCUCGCCGCUAAUGCACACAUACCAGAUCUAUAAUGAUGGCCCCUGGAAAGCGCCGAAGGUCGUACUCACCAUCUAUUGGCCACAUCAGCUGACCAGCGAGAAGAGUAAAAAAGACAAAUGGCUACUCUAUAUAGAGGCCAUGCCGAUUGUGGAGAAUGUUGAACUAAGCGAAUGUUUCGUCGCGCCCGAAUAUGUCAAUCCACUGAAGCUCGCAUCGAAAACGAAGUCCGACGAACUAUUCGAUACACUACUAAUGGCGCCAGCACCGUAUAUGAUGCGGCCCACCAACAAGACGCAAUAUUUCAACCGCUACAGCACGUACAGCGAAAAAAGCGUCUACACAAAACAAAAGGCGCCACAGCGGCCGGGCCUAUACGACGCGGACGAUGAUGACGACGACGACGACGAGGAGCGGUAUUUGAAUCGCGUGCGGCGAAAUACAAUCGAACGUAUCAUACGACCCGAACGCUUCAUGGACAUCGGCGGUGAGCACACCAAUCGAAAACGAGAUAUAGUCGAAUUAGAUUGUAAUAAAGCGACAGCGUCUUGUGUGAAAAUCCAAUGUGAUAUCUAUAAUAUGCCCGCCAAGACCGAAGCGUACGUGCAUAUACGCGCGCGACUGUGGAACUCAACGCUAGUUUCAGAGUAUCCACGCGCCGAUUUAGUGCGCAUUAUGUCGAGAGCGCAAGUAAAAAUACCGCUCGAAUACUCGGUGGAACAGACUGAAGCGCAUAUAUUGGUGGAAACGCGCGCCUACCCCGAGCUGCUCGAUCAGCAACGCGAGCAACCCACAUCCAUAUGGAUUUACAUAGUUGCCAUCAUUUGCGGCCUCAUCGUAUUGGCCGUGGUCGUAUUUGUGUUGUGGCAUCUCGGUUUCUUCAAGCGACGACGACCCGAUCCCACGCUAAGUGGUAAUUUGGUAAAGAAGAGUGAAGAAAAACCAUUCCUGAAUGAUGCGACGAGUAAUGGGCGUGGCUUCUAACAACAGGGGACAGUCGGGUGGGAUCUCGCGCAAAGAGCGCCGCCUAAAACACAACGAACAUGCUGUUUAAUAUUAACGCAAAGCGUUGAGCCUGCGAUUGUCGCUACCGCAGCCAACAACAAUAGCACCAACUACAAUAACAACAAUAAUUAUAAUAGUAACAAUAACAACAACAACUUGAAUACAAAUGGCUAUGGUAGCGUGGACUAUAAGCACGCUUGGAGCGGUAAUGGACAAACAGAUGCAGCCGUCAUUGAUUGGGGCUCACAUUGGUGAUAGGCCGGCAGGCAGGCAGGCAGGCACGCAUGCGGGGCGAACCUAUCGCUGUCGACGUGGGAAAGUUGACUGGGUUGUAAAUUAAGGUGUUGCGCUCUACAUACAGAAUAUUAUUAUUAUAUAACUUUUUUCAUGGGUGGUAAAUGUCUGUGCCAUUUUACUUAAUGUAGACAUAAAAUAAAUAUAUUUGUAUGUAUCCUAGGAGCUAUUAUGUAUGUAUGUGUAUCUCCAUAGAGCUAGUGAAGCACUGCCAUUUUCUGAUUGGCUAGAAAUGGCAGUAAAAUUUGCAUUCAAUGCACAAAAAAAAAAUUGUUCAUAAAUAUAUGUAUAUUUAGAUGUAGGGUUUAAAAAGGCCUUAUUCAUGUAUAUACAUAAUUUGUAAGUUUAUAGGAAUGCGUGAAAGUAGUUUGUAUUUGUUGAGGCUCACUAGGCGUGAAAGGGUUUUGACGGAUUCCAAUUCUUUUUCCAAAUUUUGUUUGUUUGUCAUUUUCUGUUCAAAACGAUCACGGAAAUACCUUUUUUAAAUUCACAAUUUACUCCAUGUUUGUUUGUUUUAUUAUUUACUGUAAUUUUAUUCAAUUAAAU